AUGCAAAAAAAAACGCCCUUAAAUAGGUAGGUGGUUUUGGAAUGGUUUGAAUAGCCAGAUGAACUACUAGCUAAUGCUCUUCUGAGAAAUUAUUAAUUCACAUUCUCGAAAUUACCUGAGCAAGAAGAAAUAUAAUUAAUUUUAUGCUCAGUUGAAAAAGCUUACAAUAGCAAACGAGGGGCCUGGACUCCUUGUCAAGAUAAGUUUCUUAAUCUUGCUGUUUUGGGGAUAUGCCUGAGAAAUCAUGUAAGACCGGUUGAGCUGUCUCCAUAAUAUUGGGAGUAGAUUUCGAGGUUGUUUAGAUUUCAUAAUUGGAAAUCAUGCAGGAAUAGAUGGUUAGAAGAGUGUCACAAAAAAGCAAGUUGGACACCCUAAGAAGACAGAGUCUUAAAAGAAUUACAGUAAUUUAAACCAAAUAAAUGGUGUGAGAUUGCUUUGGAUUUGAUGAGGAUUUGUAAAACUCCGUAUGUUCGAUAAGGAAAAUAAUGUCGUGAUAGGUGGAUAAAUAAACUAGAUCCCAAUAUCGUCAAUUUGCCUUGGACAAGAGAAGAGGAGCUUUUAUUGUUUAAGGAAAUUGAACAAAGAGGAAAAAAAUGGGCUGAAAUUUCUCUCCAAGUGUUUUAAUUGAAGAGGACAGAAAACACAAUCAAAAACAGAUAUUACAAUCUUUUGAAAUAAGCAGAAGCAAAAAUGAAAUUCGGAAGGAUAACAAAAGAAUUGAAAAAUAAAAUAUUGGUCGAUUCGGUCAUUAAUCAAUUAGAAACAUCUAUAAAUUAUUAACCCAAGUUAGAACAAGGGGAAGAAUAUUAAGUCAAAAAUUACCAAAUCCAUUUAUUUGACUUCGAUAAUAUUGAUAACUAUGAGGAAAUUGUUCUCAUUUCUAAAGGAAAACUUGUUAAAUUAAAUGAUCAGUAGUGA